AUGACCACGAUGAUGUGGGUCCGCUGGCUCUUGUACCUCUGUGUGCCAUGUUGUGUCGUGUGUACAGAUCAGAUGCUGUUUUGGGUGGAUGACCUCAUCUCACAAAACAAGGUUGAGUCCAAGUUGUGGAUGAUGACGGGAGAAGAUGCGUCACUGGGCACCCGAAAGAUUCAGUAUGACGACUUUGCGUACUGUCUGGAAGCACACGGCACUUUGGAUGGCAGUGUCUGCAAGCCGAGCUACUUGAUCAACGGGUGGAACUCAACAGAUGGCACCUCCCUGGCCGUCCGGACGUCCAUCUCCGUGGCAUAUGACCCUGCCGGGGAAGGGGAUGGUGAGCAUGUGGUGGGACCAGUGGCGGACAAGACCAACCGUAGAAUCUAUUGGAUUACUCCCAGCUGCGCCACCUCAAGCGGCCGAAGGCUCACGGUUUGGAAGGUCAAAUACCUUCUGGACAACCAGAUCACUCCGGAUGGAUCUGACCCAAAUCCGCUGACCUGCGAAAAUGAGUCGUACGUCUAUGCGGUGAACCGCUACGAUGUGGACACUCAGAAGUACUCCCUCAUCUAUGCGGCUGCUCGUGCCGACUUUCCUGCGCCAGAGAAGUGGACCGCAUACAGCUGGAAGCUCGCGUUUGACGAAACUAGGCAGCGUUUGUACUGGUGGUUCUAUGCCGGUGCCUGUGCGGUGGUCAGAACGUGCGAUGCUCCUCUUUACUACAUCGAUGUGAGUGGUUUGAGUGAUGACGGCGCGAUGCCGACUCCGGUGUCAGCCGCAAACAUAACAGACGGUUAUGGGCAUGCCUAUUGGGACAUGACCAUCGAUAAUGACGGAAAUCUCUAUCUGGUUGAUUGGUAUAAGAUCAGGAAGUAUGAUGUGACGACAGGCGCUGUGACCGACCUCCAUACCGAAGACUACCUCAACACCGGUUAUCACUUUACCGGAGUGACCCACUGGACCGGCACAACCAAGUUGAUUGUGACCAAGACCACCAGUGUGACCUCGGAACUGUGGACUUUCGACACUAGCGAUUCAACGUGGGCGCAGCUUUACAGUGCAGUGUACUACGAGUUCUACGAUCUAGGCCAAACUAUCUACAACACGGCGGUGGAUGUGACCCACGGCCUGCUGUAUGUGGCCACGAGCGGUGGGAACUCCGGAGGCAGAUCCAUCAUUGAGUUGCCACUGGCUCCAUCUGGCCAGACGGCACCCUACAAGGCUUGCGCCACAGGACGUUACAACAUGGACUGCCCCCUAUACGGCAUCGGAGAGCGCCUGGUUGUGGGUCACAU